AUGGCCCCUCUGUGUGAGAAGGCAAGUCAACCCGUCACACUGCAGCCGGAAAUCGACGCCAAGUAUGCCGCCGAACCCGAAUUGCCUUCUCACAGCCCCGUCUCUCUGGCUGAAAAAGAACCAGCAGAAGAGGACCAGGACCCGUGGGAUCUGCCCGAGCUCCAGGACAACGGGGUGAAAUGGUCAGAUCUGAACACGAGGGGGAAAGUUCUCCGGGUUCUGACGUCCACUUUAAAGACCGUUCUUCUGCUUGGCUUCCUCUACAUGUUCGUCUGUUCUCUGGACGUCCUAAGCUCCUCUUUUCAACUGGUAGGAGGAAAGGCCGCUGGUGAUAUCUUCAAAGACAAUGCAGUACUGUCUAACCCUGUGGCUGGACUGGUCAUUGGAGUUCUGGUCACUGUUCUGGUUCAGAGCUCAAGCACCUCCUCCUCCAUUGUGGUCAGCAUGGUUUCAUCCGGAUUGUUGGAGGUCAGGUCCGCAGUGCCAAUCAUCAUGGGUGCUAAUAUCGGCACUUCUGUGACAAACACCAUUGUAGCUGUGAUGCAAGCGGGAGAUCGCAAUGAAUUCCGCAGGGCGUUUGCUGGUGCCACUGUCCAUGACUUCUUUAACUGGCUGUCUGUGUUGGUGCUGUUGCCUCUUGAGGUGGCCUCAGGGUUCCUCUACAAACUCACCAAACUUAUCAUCGACUCCUUUCAAAUCCAGACUGGUGCAGAUGCUCCAGAUCUGCUGAAGGUCAUUACUGAACCCCUCACCAAGAACAUCAUUGAGCUGGACAGCUCUGUUAUCAGUGGCAUCGCAACUGGAGACCCUGCCGCCCAAAAUAAAAGUCUGAUUAAGAUCUGGUGUAAAACUCAGAAAGUCACGAACCUUGUGAACAUUACAGUCCCUGGAAUUGCAAACUGUACUCCUGAUGCCUUAUGCUGGGUGGAGAACAACCAAACCUGGACUGAACAAAACCAGACAGAAACCUUCAACUUAAAAAAAUGUACUCAUAUAUUUGUGCACGCUAAUCUCCCGGACCUGGCAGUGGGUUUGAUUUUGUUGGCUCUGUCGUUGCUGGCUCUGUGUACCUGUCUCAUUCUCAUUGUCAAACUGCUGCACUCCAUGCUGAAGGGUCAGGUGGCCGUCGUCAUCAAAAAGGUGCUCAACACAGAUUUCCCCUUCCCCUUCGGCUGGUUGACCGGUUACCUCGCCAUGAUUGUUGGAGCUGGAAUGACCUUCAUUGUUCAGAGCAGCUCUGUCUUCACCUCUGCCAUCACUCCACUUGUCGGUAUUGGUGUUAUUAGCAUUGAAAGGGCUUAUCCACUUACACUGGGCUCCAACAUUGGCACAACAACCACAGCUAUUCUAGCUGCUAUGGCCAGUCCAGGUGAGACACUGGCUAACUCGCUACAGAUUUCUCUCUGCCAUUUUGUCUUCAAUAUCUGUGGUAUUUUACUGUGGUACCCCAUUCCCAUCACCCGUGUCCCUAUCCGAUUGGCCAAAGCUUUGGGCAACCGCACGGCCAAGUACCGCUGGUUCGCCGCCCUGUACCUCUUCUUGUGCUUCUUCCUCUUCCCGCUGUUGGUCCUCGGCCUCUCCAUCGCAGGGUGGCAGGUCUUGGUGGGCGUCGGCGUGCCCGUGGUAGUCCUGCUGGUCUUUGUGAUUGUGGUGAACAUCAUGCAGAGCCACUGCCUGCGUUUCCUGCCCUCAUGCCUCCGCAGCUGGGACUUCCUGCCCAAACCGCUGCAUUCCUUAAAACCCUGGGACAGACAGGUCACGCUGGCCAUGACCUUCUGCAGAACUCGCUGCUGCUUCUGCUGCAAGUGUUGCAAUGAUGAAGAAAAAGACGAGAUGAAAGAGGACAAAAGUUUAGAGGUGUAUGACAAUCCAGCACUCACUAUAGAAGAUGAGGGGAAAGUGUUUGCAACCAGUUUGUAAUGUUUAAAUGGACAAUAGUUAUUAAUUUAAUGUGGUAAUAUUUUGUAACGUCUUCUAAUGAUUGCACUUUGAGUUGAUGCAGGCUGGCUACAGUAGAACCAUUACUACUUUACAACAUGAGUCGCGCAAUAUGUGAUUCUGCGGAUUAUUGAAUUAUAAAGUGAAGCUGCUUGUAACUGUUUGGUUUUAAUUGUUGCAUUCACGUCGUGUCAGAAUUAUUUUAUGAGGUACUCAUUUUUAUUUUGACAACAGCUAAAUAAUUCGGUGCUAAAAUGUAUUAAAUGUUAUAGCUCUUGAAAAAUCGCAGUUCCUUUUAAUUACAUCACAAUAGUUGCGCAUUUAUAAAAUUGAACAUGAUUAAGGUUAGACAACUUGUACUAUUUGUGUUUGACAGUGAGGUUUUUACAAUCAGAAAUGGCUCAUUUUGAUGUGAAGUGAGUGCAGUAUACAUGUGAAUAUUCAGUUGUUUUUUUCCGUUGUUUCAGAUUCAGUGUUCACUUAUAGACUUUUAUGUUUGCAGCUAAGCAAACUCAUGAAAAAUGCAAUCCCUUAAUAGUAAUGUUGCAAAAAGUGUUGUAUGUUAUGUGUUAACUAUUUAAAGAUGUUUGUUUUAAGAUAUUUGUAAAGAUAAAAAUUUAGAAUUUUUAAAGGUCUGGUUGUAUGCUUUUUGGACACUUCAAUGAACUGUUUGUCUCGGCAAAGACGUCGAUAUUAAGUCUAGUUUCUUGAUUAGCCUUCUGUCUCCAUCAGGAAAUAUCAGAUCUUGGUCUAAUAUUCAAAGCUGAAAUCACACCCAAUACCCUAUAUAGUGCACUAUUUGAGAGUAUUUUGUAGUGGAUAUUAUUGAAGGCUCUCAUUCAAUCAUAUUAUCCUCAUGUCAUUUCAAACUUGCAUGACAGCCUUUCUUCUGUGAAACAAAAGAUAUUUUGAAAAAUGUUGGUACACUGUAAAAAAAUGACACAGAUAUUUACUUUUUUUCAUUUAAAUUAUGGUACUAUUUACUUAAAAAAAAAAAAGAUUAUGGUGACAAUAUUACACAAAAUAUUUUUAAAGGGGGUGUGCAACGGUGUUUCAUGCAUUCUGACUUCUUAAUGUUAAACAUGCUGUGUUCUCAUGCUUGACAUGGUCAACUUGUCAAAAAACGAGUUGGACGAAUUACGUAGUAUUUCUGUUCUCAAUACACUCCCCCAAGAUUUAUAUAGGUUUCGGAAAGUUUUUUUCGAACAUGAAAAACCGUUACGCAACAACUUUUCUUGGUCCAUUACUGGGCAAUUCUCUCGGAAAAGCACUCUCACUGCAAGGCGAAAGAAAUAGCCUGCCCACGUGUCAACCGACGAGCGAUAGGAAGACCCGCUUACCAUCAAGAUUGGCUGCGCUGUGGGCCUGCAUCUGCACAAAGAGUAUAGAUACCAAGAGGCGAAACUUAAUAGAACGUUCCAUAGCAAUACCAACGCCCUGCGAUUUCUACCAUUUUGGAGUGAAAACGACUCAGCUUUUUGCUGUUGUGAUGGAAAAUCAGCUGCUUUGUUAAAAAAAAACAUUAAAGCUGAAAUUCAACCUGAAUGAUGAUAAUACAUGAUGACAAAAGCCUUGGCCAGAAACUAAGAAACUAAACAGAAACUAAAAGCUGCCAAACCUAUGGUAAGGACUGUUAAAAGAUGGACCAACGAAACAGAUCGGGCCUUACAAGCCUGUUUCGAGUGCACCAAUUGGAGUGUUUUUGAAGCUGCUACCAGCGAUCUGGACGAGCUCACAGAGACUGUAACAUCAUACAUCAGUUUCUGUGAGGAUUUGUGCAUUCCUACCAGGACUUCCUUAAAAUACAACAAUGAUAAACCAUGGUUCUCAGCAAAACAAGGAGGAUGCCUACAGAAAAGGGGACAAAGUCUUGUACAAGCAGGGUAGGAACACAUUGACAAAGGAGAUCAGAGUGGCUAAGAGAAACUACUCUAUAAAGUUGGAAAACCGGUUUUCAGCCAAUGACCCUGCUUCUGUGUGGAAAGGCCUUAAAGACAUCACCAACUACAAGCCACCAUCCCCCAAUUUUGCAGGCAAUCAACACCUGGUCAAUGAUCUGAAUGACUUUUACUGCAGAUUUGAAAAUGCUAACUUUACACCUCACACCAACUCUGACAUUCUCUCUACACAACACCUAUCACCUUCAGUCACCCCACCUCCUGCACUUCAGAUCACUGAAGAGGAUGUGUGCCGAGUCUUUAGGAAACAAAAGACAAGAAAAGCACCAGGCCCAGAUGGUAUCUCCCCAGCCUGUCUUAAAAGCUGUGCUAUUCAACUGGCCUUCAUCUUCUCACAGAUCUUCAACAGAUCACUGGAACUGUGCACAGUUCCUUCCUGUUUCAAGCGCUCCACCAUAAUCCCCAUCCCAAAGAAACCCAAAAUCACAGUACUGAAUGACUACAGACCCAUCACUCUCACAUCUGUGGUCAUGAAGUCAUUCGAGAGACUGGUACUGGCUUAUCUGAAGGACA